UGAAAACAACGGCACUUGGAAGAAAAAUUAUAGCGUCCCUUGCAGCGUGCCUGGCACUUAUUGUGAAAAAACUCACAAAUUCGAAUACAAAUUUGUAUUUAAACAGGCUAAAUCAGCGCGUGAGUAGCACCUGUACGGAUAUAUCUGUCUACGUUAAAAGGAUCACUGCGAAAAUGACGCUAUCGACCUUGGCGUCGUUUGAUGAUCUGCGGCGUUGCAUGCAAGUGCUGACCGACGGCACUGCUGAGGAGGAGUUUCUACGGUUCCUGCGGAUGUUCGAGCAGUACCAUGAAAAGUGCGCAGGGUAUGCGGCGGAAACCGCGAGGAUACAAAAUGAGCUGGAUAAAUCCCUUACCAAGAUGGGCGAUCUGGAGGGCAAGCUGUUUCACGCCCGCCGCAUCAUCGAUAUGGAGAUCAAGGCUCGCCGCCAGGCCGAGCAUGAGAGGGAUACCAUGGAAAGCAAGAUAGUGGCUGUGGCCGAUCUGUUGCGGCACGAGCGCAAUCUGAACAACGAGACACGCGAUAAGCUGGCCUUUAUUCACACAUUGCCGUCAUCCCGGAAGCGCAAGUCUCUGAACGCUGUCAGGGAGGACAAAUCUUAUGGAGACAUCAACUCCACAGGCUCGAUGCUGUCCGAUAUGUCGAUCACACAUUCGGAAGACGACUUUCUAGACGUGCGCCGGUCCAAGUCCUGGCGCGAGCAUCGACCCUCGUUACCCAAGAAUCCGAUCCCCAGUGUGGGCAACAAGAGAUCGCGGAUAAGUACCGGAUUGAAUGGCAGCAUGUCGACACACACGCCAACUACGACUAAGAUGCGGCGCUCGGGUGCUGGCAUAGGCGUGGAACAGCAUACAGUGAAUGUGGGUCAGGGCGCUGAGCGCUUUUGUGCUACCACCAAGGUCACCAUACCCCAGGAUGGGCAGGGAGUAAUCCGUGCAGAGUCAACCAUUGAGUCGGUGCCAGUAAAUGGUGGCCCUGGAAGGAUUGCUGAUGGCUUGGUAUCGACGCCUCGACGCUCUGCCUUUAAAGAGGCCACAGCUCCACCCCUAACUCCGCUGAAUGCCAUGGCACCACAUGUGCUAGCCGAAUUGGGUACACCAAGUCAGACACAUCGUCCAAUGAUGAGGAAUCACACCUUCAGCCAGAAGACCUUUUUGCGCGGUGACAAUUGUGUGCAGUGCCAGAAGCGCAUUCGGUUCGGCGCUGUUGGCUUGCGUUGUCGGGAUUGCCCUGUGCGCUGUCACAUUGACUGCCGGUAUCUGCUCACAGUUAGCUGUGUGCCCCAAUCGGGAACACCCACGACCAAAACAAUGACGGGCUACCUCAGUGAUUUUGCACCGUCCAUUGCGCCCAUGAUUCCAGCACUGGUUGUCCAUUGUGUGAAUGAGAUUGAGGCGCGCGGCCUCACCGAAGUGGGGCUUUAUCGCGUGUCCUCAUCGGAGCGGGAGUACAAAGCCCUGAAGGAGCAAUUCUUGCGAGGCAAGGCCACCCCACAUUUGGGCAACACGGAUAUCUAUGUGCUAUGCUGCUGUGUGAAGGAUUUCCUGAGGUCUCUCGUGGAGCCUCUCAUACCCACCGGCCAGUGGAAAGAUUUUGCCAACGCUGUUCAAAAUCCAGACACUUCCAUGUCUCAGGAGAUGCUGUACAAGUCUGUAAAGCAGAUGCCCCAGGCCAAUCGGGAUACGCUGGCCUUCCUAAUACUACAUUUCCAGCGCAUUGCUCAAUGCCCUGUGGUGCUGAUGCCGAUCGAUAAUAUCUCGCUUAUCUUUGGACCCACCAUUGUGGGGUACUCAUCGCCAGAUCCCGAUCAGCAUGCCAUCUACACAGAGGUCUUUACGCAGAAGCAGGUGAUGAAAGCAUUGCUCGAGCUGCCAGUCACAUUUUGGGAGCAAUAUAUUGUGAUAGACUCGAAUGCGCCAGCCACCGUCAAGCGAGUGCCCAGCAGCAACAAGGACUUGCUAUCAAUAUAUGCAACUCCUUUCAAGGGCACCAUCAAGAAACGCAAGUUCUACGGUACGCCGCCUGCAUCUGCCCACAAGAAAUGAACUUGGGUACCUUUCCUCGGCGAAAGCAAACCCCCUGACACGUUACUUAAGUUUACUACAAGUAUUUCAGUUUUUGUUUCCGGCCAGCAGCCAUACACACAAAGAGCUAUAGUAAUAUGGUUAUUCGUAUGUGCAUUUAACUAACAUUGUCUAGAGAAGUUUUUCUUUAUAAUUACCCAUUUCAAUUAUAAAAUAGAAGACUUUAUUAACACUAACAUAAGUAUAUACUUGCUCGCAAUGAGAAAUAAAGUAUGAUUACGCAUCCAA